AGAGAGAAAAGAGGAGAGAGCGAGAGACCCAGAACGGAACCCCUCAUCCGGUCUGAUUCAUCAGCAUUUUUGCCUCCCCGCCUGGCGCUCGCCCUCGUCAGUGCGACAGAUCUGGAGAUCGCUUUAUUUUUUAUCUUUUUUUUUCCAUUUUGUUAGUCUGAUCGGGAGACUCUAUAGUGCGAUUCUUGUCACACGACAGAGUCAUAACGGGCGGAAGUACCCUGCUAAUCUAUAUAUUUACUGCACCAUAGCCUUCCCGCUUCUGCGAAGUCCCUUCCAUCAUGCAUUCUACCUCUCGUUUCCGUCCAAUGUCCCCCGCUGGCGGCAGACGCAUGGUCGACCCCAUGCGUGCUUCGACGGGAACCGUGUCUCUCAACCCGUCGUUCGAUCCAUACGACUCCUCCGCAAGCCGGCACCGUCUCGACGGAUAUUCGUCCGAAGCGCCGUUUGUGGGAUAUGAGACGAGAGUGAAUGUCGAGCCCACGCUCGAAGUACAACCGGUCUCGUCACAAACCUACCGUGACCCUGGCCAUUCGACCAAAGUGAGAACCGAGUACGCUGUUCGCUCAAGACCCAGAAGCAGUACCACAUCAGAUACGUUUGCCGGUAGUCCGCUACGCGGGCCCGUCCCGGCAUCGUCCCCUAGUCUGCGACAAUCCCCCAUUGUCACCUCGAGCUACGGGAGGACUCCUAGUCCGCUUCCCCCGCACUCGUCUAGAGAUGGCGCGGAACGGUACAUUAUGCCCGCGUCGGGGCACCAUGGACGACGUUCUUCUCAUCGGGUCUACAGCACAGACUAUGCGAGUGAUACUGGUCGUUCAGGCCGCAGUGAUCGAACAAUAAGGCAUCGGCCGGUACAUUCAGGGUACCGAACCCAUGGGUCCGGUAGCUCUCCGCGCCAUCCACCGACCGGCGGGCUUCGCAAAGGAGACGAUAUUGACGACUACGAUGCAUAUUCCUACACGAACCCGAGGGAACAAUUCGAGAAGGAUUCUGUCGCCCGGCUCAGCCGGGGAUCCGGUUCCAGGAAGGAAAGACCGCUGAGUAUGACUGGCCUCGAGGAAUACCUCCCAGCACUGCCUCCACGCAAGGACCUCCGGGUCAAUGGUCCACCACCAUCCCAAAGGGGAUUCGAUAAAAUCGAGAGGGAUGAUCGGUCACGGCGACAUGGCGAGUCGAGCAGUUCGCGACACAGGUCGCAGCAGCACGCACCAGUGUCGCUCCACCAGGAACGGGAAGACGGGUACUCGUCCUACCGAGAAGACUACGACGGCGGACAUCGUUAUCGGCGACGCCGGCGUCGCCACCAUGAUGACGAUGAGGAUGGCGGGAGUGGUGAAGGCCGAUCUCGUCAGGAUGAACAACGGAGCUCGAGAGGCCACAACUCGGGGGAGUUGGUGAUCGCCGGCGCAGGAACUGGCCUUGGUACCGCUGGUCUCGCGAGCGGGUACUCAGACGACGCCCUCGAACAACACCGCGAGGUUCCCUCCGAGCACGGCCGCCAUCGGUCGUCGCGAGAUCCUGAUCAUGAUCGAACACUGCUGGCCCCGAAUUACAGUCGCCAUCGGAGCCGAUCGAGACGAGCGUCGUCGAGACGAAGGGACCAGAGCUCCGACGCCUACACGUCGGACGAAGACUUACGGCAGUACCGACGUGAGCCCUCGGCUCACCGCAGCAGCAAGCACCAUAGCGAUUCAGAGGGCUCUGGCGGUACGCGCCGGUCAUCAUCACGGUACCUGACCGCGGACGAGCAGCCACAUCGACGCCGGCGGUCACGAUCGCGGCACGACCCGGAGAGUGGUUCGGGGCGGAAAGUGCCCACCAGCCAACAGUCGACGACGUCGUCCGAGUCCCACGAGACGACGGCGAAAAAGGCGAUCGCAGUAGUCGAUCCGCCGGUAGGCAACAAUAAAGGGCCAGAUCCAGCCCCCAAGGGAAUCCUUAAGCGGCCGCGGGAGAGGUUCCCGGAGGAACCCAACCCUGUACGCGAAGGGGUGGCCCCCCUGAAAGAUGCGCACAAAAACGGCAUCCCCCCUGGCGCCCGAUGGACAAAGAUCGAUCGCCGACUUGUCAACCCCGCGGCGCUCGAGGCAGCGCACGAGCGAUUCGAGGAACGGUCGGACUAUGUGAUUGUACUACGGGUGUUGACCAAGGAGGAAAUCCAGGGGUUUGCCGUGAAGACUCAAGAAAUCCGAGAUGCGCGGUAUCAAGAGUACCUGCAGGAACGACGCGCGCGGCGAGAGGAGCAACGACGGCACGGUCGGAGGGAGGACUCGUCGAGUGAUGACGAGGACGAGGGAGACGAGGUCCUGCGUAUUGAGGGGCCAUGAGCAAAACUAGUGUUCAGCUAACAUUUACCUAGUCU